AUGAAUGAUAUUAUGACCUUAUCGUAUGAUGUUAUUUUGGAAAGGCUGGGGAAAAAAUACUCUUAUGAGAUAUCUCUGAGAAAAUAUUAUGAUAUGAUAAAAUGUAGAAGGAAUAAAGAGGAACGUUUUUUGGAUGGCCCGCAAAAAGAAGAAGAAAUUAAAGGUAUGAUUAACUUACAUAAUGAAGAUAUAGAAAAUAAUAAAAUAAAUGUAAUAUGUAAUGUACCAAAUGAAGAAGUACAAUACAGAAGAUCACAAGAGAAGCAUGCUGACGAGAAAAAACAUGUAGAUGGUAUAAAUGAAAAAGAAAACGAUUUUGAUGAAGUGAUAUUAUCAUUAUAUACAGAUCUUGUGGAUCUUAUGAAUUAUAAUAAUUUUUUUAUAAAAGAUUGUAUAGUGACCUUUAUUUUUGUUGAUAAGGAUGUGUAUAAGGGGAAAUUAGAUUUAUACUUUGGUAGAAUAGAAGAAGAAAAUAAAAAUAGUUUUAAUAAUAUGGGUAAAGAAUAUUUAGAUGAUUAUGAUGAUAAAAAUAAAGAAAAAGAUAAUAUGAUAGAAAAGAAAAAUGAUGAUAAAAUAUAUGAUGACAUUAAUGAAUAUAUUUUCUUUGAACAUUAUGAAAUUUAUGGAAAUAAGAUAAAUAAUAUUAAGGAUAUAUUAAAAAAUACUUUUGAAUGUUUAUUUUUUGGUAUGGUAGAACAAUAUAAUAUAAUAUUAAAAAUAAAUUAUUGUCAUCGUAUUAAAGAAAUAUAUAAUUAUAUACUAUUCAAUGAAGAGAUAUAUAAAACUCUUGAACAUGCAGAUUAUAUUGAAAUAGAUAUAAAUAAAAUACAUUUUGAUAUUAUAGAUUAUUCUUUUAUCUUUUCCAAAAAUGUAAAUAAAUUUUUUAAUUAUUUAAAAUAUGUUAAAGAUAUACAUUCAUGUUCAUAUUUUAUUUCUUUAUUAAUUCGUAAUAUAGCUUAUACAAAUAAAAUAUAUAAAUAUACAGCUCAAUUAUUUAUAUAUAAUAAUACAAAUAAUGAAUAUGGUACUAUAUUUCUACGUUUGGUUCUAAAUGACAAAAAAGAAAUUUUUGAAAAAAUAGGUAUUUUAAAAAGAAAAUUUAACUCAGGCAAUAUGCUUGACAUUGAUAUUUCUAUAUAUGAUCAUAUAAAAAAUAUAUUUAUUAAUAAAUAUAAUAUGUCCUUUCCUGAGGAACGUAUUAUAUUAUCAUAUGUUAAAUAUUAUUAUGUAUAUAGACUUGUAAAUAUGAAAAAAAAUUGUGAUUAUAACACAAAUUAUUCUUAUAUUUUCUCAACAAAUAUAGAAUCUAAUAUAUCUAACAAAACACAUACACUAUGUUCAUCUAAUAGUUACGAAAAUUCAGAUGUAAAUUACCAAGGACCUGUAUAUAUUAAAAGAAAACAAUUACAAAAAAAUAUUAGGAAAUACAUGAAAUGUAAAGCGAAAAAAAAUAAACUCAACACUGUAAAGGACAAAACAAAAUUAUGUGCUACACAGGAAAUAUAUGAUCAUGAUUUAAAUAAAUUAUAUAAAAUAAAUAAUAUUCAAAACAAUUUUAAAUCACCAUCCGAUUGUUACAUGGUGAGAAAUGAAUAUAAUCAUAAAACAAGACAAUACAAAAAUAAAAUUAUCUAUGAUCAUGAUAGUGUGUAUUGUUCUAAUGAAUGUGCUUCACAUGGUGAUAAUGACGAAAAGGAUGGCAAUAAUAAUAAUAAGGAUAUCCAUAAUAAUAUCCAUAACGAUGUCCAUAAUAAUAUCCAUAAUAAUAUCCAUAAUGAUGUCCAUAAUAAUAUCCAUAAUGAUGUCCAUAAUAAUAUCCAUAAUAAUAUCCAUAAUAAUAUCCAUAAUAAUAUCCAUAAUAAUAUCCAUAAUAAUAUCCAUAAUAAUAUCCAUAAUGAUGUCCAUAAUUAUUAUAAUCAGGCAGACACAUAUGACAGGAAACAAAACUAUAAAACUCUUCGUAAUAACAAAAGGAGAAAUAAUAAUAGAUCAACGAAAUAUAAAAAAUUCGAUGAUCAUUUUAAUAAAGAAGAAUCAAUUAAAAAAAUAAAUCGAAAAAAUAAAGAAUAUAAUUAUAACAUAAAUAAAUAUAAUUCUGAUUCUACUUACAAGAAUAAAUGUAUUACAUCUAUUAUAUAUGAUGAAAAGGAGAAUCAAAAAAAAGAAAGAAAAAAAUAUACACAUAAUAGUAGAGUUCCCAUAUUAAAUAAUAAAAAUUGUUCAUCUAGGCAAAUCGUUACAAGAAGUAUGAAAUACAAAAUGGAUUGUUCCAUUGAAACAAAUACAGAUUCUAAAAGUUGCUUAAACUAUCUAGAUAUAUUAGAUGAAAAUUUUCAUAUUAAAGAAAAUAUUAUUAUCGAAAAUUUAAUAUUAGAUGAUGUACUUGAAAAAAUGCUUACACAAAGGAUAAAUGUGCAGAAUGAUAAUAUUGUAACAUUAAAGAAUAGAAAAAUAAAACCAUUAAAUAAAAAUGUGGAUGUAAAGGAUAAUUAUGUAAAUUUUUAUAGUGAUGAUAAUGAAUUUGAAGAAGAAAUUAAUAAAUGUAUAUGGGUAAAUGAACACACUCUCAAAAGGAAUAAACGAAAAAAAAAAAAAAACAAACAAACAAAAAUACACAAACAUAUACACAAACAUAUACACAAACAAAUGCACAAGCAUAUACAAAGAGAACCAGAAAAUAUAAAUAAUUAUAUGAUAAAUAAAUAUAAUAAUGAUAUAUAUCAAGAUAUAAUAAGUUGCCAUCAAGAUUAUGAACAUGGGGAAGAUACAUGUAAUAAUAUAGAAAGGUUUUAUAACGACAAUGUUAAAAUGAAGAAUGCAUAUAAUUAUAAAAAGAGACCUUAUAAUUAUGCCACAGACAUAUCUAACAAUAAUGUUAUGAAUAAAAGAAGAAAAAUAUGCUCUAUACAUAACGAUGAAAAUUUUGCUUUAAAAACAAAUUAUGUAGAUGAUAAAAAAAAUGAAAAACCUUUAUUUUCAGAAUCUUUACCUUGUGAUAAAAAUGAAGGAAAUAAAAUGAAAAAUUUAUUUUAUUCAGAAUUUUUAUUUGAUUAUAAUCCUUGGAAUGAUAAUGAUGUGAAUAAAAAUCUUCGGGACGUUUUUUAUGAAAAGCAAUUUUAUAAAAUUAUGCAUGAGAAUUUUGAGGUCUACACUAUUGAGGAUGAGGAGGAAGAUAAUAAAGAGGAAGAUAAUAAAGAGGAAAUUAAUAAAGAGGAGGAUAAUAAAGAGGAAAUUAAUAAAGAGAAAGAUAAUAAAGAGGAGGAUAAUAAAGAGAAAGAUAAUAAAGAGGAAAUUAAUAAAGAGGAGGAUAAUAAAGAGGAAAUUAAUAAAGAGGAGGAUAAUAAAGAGGAAGUUAAUAAAGAGGAGGAUAAUAAAGAGAAGGAUAAUAAAGAGGAAAUUAAUAAAGAGAAAGAUAAUAAAGAGGAAGAUAAUAAAGAGGAAGUGAAUAAAGAGGAAGUUAAUAAAGAGGAAGUGAAUAAAGAGGAAUAUAAUGAAGAUCAAUUUGAUGAAGAGGAACAUAUUGAGUAUCAUGAUAACAAUAUAAUAAUAAAGAAACUUAUCGAAGUAUAUAAUGUAGAAAAUGACAGUGUCACAAUGUAUAUUUUAAAUAAUGAAGAUGAAAGUAAAAAGAAUCGAAAACAUCAACAUAUUUUUAAGAAGGAUGAAAAAAAAGAAAGUAUAGGUAUUGAUUUAUUUAACAGAGAAAAUGAUAAAAAGGAAAAUAAUAAGAAUUCAUUAAAUAAUAAAGAAUAUAAAGAGGAUAUAAAAAAUAAGACAUAUAAAAGUAUAAAAAAUAUAAACAUGAAGUGUUUAACAAAUGUGUUGAAGAAAUAUCCAAAUGAUAUAUUGAAAAAAGGAAUGAUGAAUAAAAAUGUAAUAAAAGAGAAGAUGAAUAAUGAAAAAUAUAAAAAUAAUAAAAUAAAUAAUAACCAGAAUAAAAAUGAAAAUCAAUGUAAAAAUUAUUUUAUAGAUAAUUGUAAUAAUAAUAAACAAAAUAAUAAUUCUUUUGAAAUCAUAAAUAUGAAUAAUAUACCACAUUCUAAAUUUAUGUAUAAUAAUUAUGAAAAUAAUUUAAUUACAGAAUCUGUAUAUAAUGAAAUUAUGAAAAAUCUUAGUAGAAAUAUGUAUUUUUUCAAUGAUGAAGAUAAUAUAUUAACUUGUGUAUAUAAUUAUAAAUAUUUAUUGAAGAAUAUUUUAUACUUGGAAAAUGUUAUAGAAAAAUAUAAUAUCCAUAUGAGUGUUAGACAUGUUUCAAAUUUACAAAAUGUUAUAUCGAACCAAGAAAAUAACAAUUUAUUAAAUGAGAAUCAUCCAAAUAAAAUAUCAGAUGGAAAUUAUAAUAAAAAUAACCAAAAGGAUAAUCAUAUGGAAAAAAUUAAACAAAUAAUUCAUAAUAUAAAAAAUAAAUGUCGAGAAUAUAAAAAUACAUUAUAUAAAUGUAAAACAUAUAUGUGUUGUAAAUAUAUAUAUGGAAAACAAAAUUGUGGCCUCUCUAUAAAUAGGCAAAAUAAAAAAUAA